CAGUAUUAUUCGGCCGCAUACUCCAAACCAAAAUAACUCUCUGGCCAAUGAUAACAAAAAUUAGCCAAAUCAGUAGCUUUUUGACUUCUUAGCUGUUUAGAUCGUUAUAGUAUGAUUAUUUUGACAUUUUUUGCUUUUGUUGGCAUCUGGACAUGUUUGGCCAAAUUGUAUUAUUGUUUGAAGACGCCAAUGCUGUUAUGGUAUCACAAAUAUCUGAGGAAAGCUGAACCUCUAACAGAGCGGUUUGGCAAAUGGGCAGCUAUUACCGGAUCUACAGAUGGCAUUGGCAAAGAAUAUGCCCUGCAAUUGGCACGUCGUGGUUUUAAUGUGGUUUUAAUUGCCAGAAAUGAAGAAAAGCUUCAAAAUGUGGCCAAGGAAAUUGAAAAUAAUUUUGGUGUGGAAGUUAUGACCAUACAGGUUGAUUUUUCUCACGGACCCGAAAUCUAUCCAAAACUUUUUGAGGAGUUGUCGAAAAAACCCAUUGGGUUGCUUGUCAACAAUGUUGGCAUCUACACCGAUAAGCCCAAUCUCAUGUGGUCCUACCCGAACAAACUUAUCUGGGAUAUGAUUUAUGUCAACAUGGCUGCAGCCACUGAAAUGAGUCUUCACUUUGUCCGAGUCUGGCAAGCCGAUGGAACAAGAGGUUGCAUUGUAAAUAUAUCCUCAUGUCUGGAAUCACAUCCAACACCUUAUGGGGGCAUAUAUAGUGCCACCAAGGCCUAUAUGCGUAAUUUUACCACAACGUUGCAGCAUGAAGUUCGGCACUUGGGUAUCACCGUACAAUUACUGUCGCCCUUCUUUGUGUCUACGAAACUUUUGGAUUUUUCAACGUGGUUGCGAAGAGGUAAUAUUUUUAUUCCAUCCUGUGAUGUUUAUGUCCGGCAUGCCAUACGGACGUUGAGUAAAGUUGAUGCAACCACUGGGUAUUUUUGGCACAGCAUACAUGAUAUGUUAUUUAGGUUGGUGCCAUAUCAACAUCGGCCCAAAGUUAUGGCCUUCUUUGGGAAAUGCUUUAUCGACGAUUUUACGGAGAUUAAUGCACAACUUAACAACGAGAAAGUAGUGAAUGCUAAAAACGAUAACAGUCAAACGAGAUAACUAUACGACCGCAAUGUUAGCUUCCAGCGCAGUUGAAGGCCAUAACUCGUGUCCAAGGUGA